GUUUCACUCACUUGCUGUCCAUGGACAGAUUCAUGUGUGUUGCCCACCAUAAAUGAAUGUACGUGUCUCUCCGUCUCAUCCUGCGUCUCCCUGUAUCCAAGUGGACAGGCGAGUCAGACAUUCGUAUUGAACUCAGGCCUCAGCAGGGCCCUCCAGCCCCCAGCCAUGUCAACUUGAUCAUCCUCGCCAAGCUGCCGCAGCACAAACACAUCACGCAACGCACUCUCUCCUAUCUGCAGACACACAGACACACAGCCAGAUACACGAAGGGAGAUAUUGAUGUGCCAUGUCUUUGUGCGCGUCUGGCUGCUUACAAAGUACAGCCUCGGCACAAGCACACACUCCUCCCUUGAUGUGAGCCGGUCCAUGGCAACGAUGUCCUUGGCCACCCCUCCGCCGUGUGAGUCUGUCUGCCUCAGUGACAGCACAUCGCCGUCGAGCGGCACGCCCUCGAUCCUGUCGCCGUAGAAGGCAUCCCAUAUCUGCCGCCCUUCCACCAGCAACUCACGACCUCCCUGCAUCAAUGGAUGCACACACACAUACACCCAGGGGAGGAGACAUGUUCUCUGUUUCUCUGUUUCUCUGGCCCAGGGCACUACUUGUCGAUCAAACUCGGGCAACCCCUUUGUAUCAGCGCUCAUCAGCCUCCAUUCGGGGUCCAGCACCAGCACAUCGCCAUCUAUUUCCCCCUCUCCACCCGUCUCGUCUUCCCUCUCCGGCCCACUGCUGAAAUCAAUGCACGGCGCACGCCGGCCCUUCCACACCUCGGCGUCAGGGAUUCGGUGCUCUGCGGGGGACGGCCCUCUGGUCCUCUGAGCCACCAAAUGGCGGCGCAGUAUAUCUGUUCGCCUCUGAUUGGACACGAACUCCUCGAAAGACAUGGCUCUGGCGAAGUCGGUGGUCUGUGCUGUAUGUGCCGGUGGGUCGUAGAACACCCAUCUGCCCGGGUGAAGCAUGGUGAGGGGGACACUUGAAAGCCGGGGCUUGUCCACGGGCUCGUAGUAGCGAGCGGUGGGCUUGCACGGCCUCACCCACUUGUCGCAUGCCAGCAGCAAAGGUCGCUCAUCUGCGCCACAAGGCCCAGCCGGCCGUCUCUUGGUGGCCCUCACCCAAGCAAUGACACCGAUUCCCCCCCUCCUCCUGAUCAGCUGCUCGCAUGCUGCUGACAUGCAUCCACUGAUGUCUCUUCGCUCCCUGUGUCUCGGCUGGCGCAUGCGAAUUGGGUGCUUGGGCAGCACGAUGGCGCUCUUGCUGCGUGGAAGAGUCGCCGACAGUGCCCUCGUGCAGUCGAUAAACCCCGGCUGGUCGAUGGCUCGCCCCCUCUGUCGUGGAAAGGUACUCGACGCCCGUGCGAACGAGAACGAUCGAGGCUGACUCUCGGUAGCAGUGUCAUAGCUGCCUGGCCCAGGUAUAAGCCUGGCCCAUCUUGCGAUGCCCCUCAAGACAGACACCGUGAGCGGCAGGAUAACGGCUGCUCGCGCCUUUGCCGGCUUGUGUGGCUGGUAGCCGAGCGGCGAGGGGUGCGGGCAUGGCGGCUUCUUGAUGACGGGAGUAGAAGGGGCCGUCAUGCGGGCGGCAGGGGUGUGCGGCAGCAAGGGCUGCAGGUUCUCCAUCGUCAUGCCGAUCCCUGCACAUAUAUGACACGUGUGAAAGCAAUGCAACCCUUCAGCUGACCUUCUGUUGGGUACCUCUCCGGUCUGAACGCGCCUUCUUCUGCUGGGGCGGGGGGGCAAUAACGCAACGAGGAGGGCUGCAUGUAGAGCGGGCGCAGGAUGCAUGUCAUCAACGGACAGAGCUUCCUACGAGUGUGCUCUGACCAGUGUCUCGUGGGAUCCUUUCCCAGAGAGCAUAUCGAGGCGGGGCUGACCGGCCCGGUGGACAAUUCGCCACUCAUAUCGCCGCGCCGCAAUGAAGGAGACGACGGUGGUCGAGUGGACGCAACCACACUU